AUGGCGACGACCGCGCAGUACGCAGGUCAGAGCAGCUUCUUCGGAGACAACACGCCGCUGCCCAUUGAGUCCGGGUACGCCAUCGUGCUUGGCUUUGGAGCUUUCUUCUCGGUGUUGACCACGGUGCUCGUGUAUCUCGACAAGUAUGCCAAUGGCACGGAGCACACAUCAGAAUUCUUCAACACCGCGGGCCGAUCAGUGAAGACGGGCUUGACGGCCUCCGUGAUUGUGUCGCAGUGGACCUGGGCUGCGACGCUUCUUCAGUCUUCCAACGUGGCGUGGCAGUACGGAGUGUCUGGGCCGUUUUGGUACGCCAGCGGCGCGACGAUCCAGGUCUUGCUCUUCGGCAUCCUGGCCAUCGAGAUCAAGCGCCGUGCUCGGACUGCGCACACCGUUUGCGAGAUGGUCCUGGCAAGGUGGGGCAAGGCGGCGCACCUGACCUUCCUCUUCUUCGCGCUGCUGGCGAACGUCAUCGUGACCUCCAUGCUCCUGCUGGGUGGCGCAGCAACCGUGAAUGCGCUGACCGGCGUGGACACGAACCUCGCUUCCUUCCUGAUCCCCUGGGGCGUGAUCUUGUACACGGCGGCUGGUGGCUUGAAGGCAACAUUCAUGGCCUCAUACCUGCACACUGCCAUCAUUUUCCUGGUUCUGGUGGUGUGCGUGUACACUGUCUAUGUGAAGAAUUUCUCCUCCGACAUGAUCUAUGAGGGCCUGCAGCGGGUGUCCGGUUACUCGACAGCACAGUGCGAGUCGAUCUUCAGCCUGAACACCCAGACCUUCUUCGAAGCCGGCAAGUAUGCCUGCGGGCCUGUGAAGGAGAACGAGGGCGGAUCCUACCUGACCAUGCUCUCAGGGGGUGGCACCAAGUUCGGCAUCAUCAACAUCGUGGGCAACUUCGGCACCGUCUUCGUGGACCAGUCGUACUGGCAGUCUGCGAUCGCCGCAAAGCCGACCAGCGCGCACAAGGGCUACCUUCUGGGUGGGCUGGUUUGGUUCACCAUCCCUUUUGCCCUCGCCACGUCCCUGGGGCUCUGUGCCGUGGCGCUGCAGCUGCCAAUCUCCUCCAGUGAGGCUGGCUCUGGCCUGGUGCCGCCCGCCGUCGCCACGCACCUUUUCGGUAGCUUCGGGUCGGUGAUGAUGGCGGUGAUGCUUUUCAUGGCCAUCACCUCCACAGGCUCUGCCGAGGGCAUCGCUGUCUCAUCCCUGGUGACCUACGAUAUCUACAAGACCUACAUCAACCCCCAGUGCACCGGGAAGCAGGCGCUGAUGAUCUCCAAGAUUGUUGUGGUGGUGUUUGGCCUUCUCAUGGGCGGGCUUGGUGUAGCCCUGAACUACAUGGGCCUGAACCUGGGCUGGGUGUACCAAUUCAUGGGCAACGCCAUCGGCUCCGCCGUCGUCCCCCUUUGGAACCUCCUGAUGUGGAAGAACGCCAAUGCCACCGGAGCUGUCGUUGCCGCCUGGGGUGGCAUGGUCCUGGCUUUGUCCACCUGGCUCAUCGUCUGCCAGGCAGAGUUUGGCGAGAUCACCAUCGACAACCUCGGCACCCUGAAUCCGAACCUGGCUGGCAACAUUGUUGCCUUGGUAUCUUCGGGCCUGAUUCACGCCGCCUUCUCCUUUGCCAGCCCCCAGAAUUAUGAUUUCGAGUCCAUGGGCAAGAUCGAGAUGCUUGAGCAGGACAUGAGCGGGCUUGAUGACCAGGACUACACCUCGGAGUUUCUGGAUGCGGCCAAGUGGUGGAUUCAGAAAUGGGGCUACGGCUUCACCGUCCUCAUGGUUCUCAUUUGGCCUUUGCUUUCCUUGCCCGCCGGCGUCUUCACUACGGACUACUUUGCCUUCUGGGUCUUCAUCAGCAUCGCAUGGAGCUUCGUGGCCACCUUCGUUAUCAUCGUCCUGCCCAUCCAAGAGUCCUGGGGCGCCAUCAUGGGGGUGUGUUACUACAUGGUCGGCAAGAAGGCCCCUGAGGCCACCACCAAGACUGCCGAGCCUGCGGCAGUUGACGCUGCUCCUGAGAAAGCAGAGCUUCAAGCUUGA